GCGGGGCAGGAGGGUCGGUGGGGGGAGUCGGAUUCUCUUUCCCCCGCGCCAGCUCCCGUAUACAGAGCCACAUUCCUUGGCCCCCCCCCUCCCCCUCCCCCGGGGCCCUCCCGCCCCCCCAGGGGAAAAAAAAACAAUCCCAUCUCACUCGGGCCCUAGGGGGGUUUUCUUUCCCGGUCGGAGAGCCCAGGCUUGGCCAGUCUCUCUUCCUCCUCUCCCCCUCCCCCUGUACUACCGUUCCUUCCCACCCCCUUCUCCCAGCGACGGGGUGUAAGGUCCCUUUAAGGCGACGGCGCCUUACUCAAGUCAGACAAGCGGCGGCGGCGACCACAGGAGGAGCAUGGCAGAUACCGACCUGUUUAUGGAAUGUGAGGAAGAGGAACUGGAGCCAUGGCAGAAGAUCAGUGAUGUGAUUGAGGAUUCUGUGGUUGAAGAUUAUAAUUCAGUGGAUAAAACAGCUACAGUUUCUGUGAGCCUGCAGCCAGUCUCAGCUCCAGUGCCCAUCGUUGCCCAUGCUUCUGUUGGUGGGCACCUCUCUACAUCCACCACCGUUAGUAGCAGCGGAAUACAGAACAGCGACAGUGCCAAGAAGACGCUUGUCACACUAAUUGCCAAUAACAAUGCAGGCAAUCCUUUGGUUCAGCAAGGUGGACAACCACUCAUCCUGACACAGAAUCCAGCCUCAGGUCUGAGCACCAUGGUCACUCAACCAGUAUUGAGGCCUGUCCAGGUCAUGCAGAAUGCCAACCAUGUUACUAAUUCCCCUGUGACCUCACAACCCAUAUUCAUCACUACGCAGGGAUUUCCUGUAAGGAAUGUUCGGCCUGUGCAAAAUGCAAUGAAUCAGGUUGGAAUUGUGUUGAAUGUACAGCAAGGCCAAACAGUUAGACCAAUUACACUAGUCCCAGCUCCAGGUACCCAGUUUGUUAAACCAACAGUUGGAGUUCCUCAAGUGUUCUCUCAGAUGACACAGGUGAGGCCAGGCUCCACGAUGCCUGUGAGGCCCACCACCAACACCUUUACCACGGUCAUCCCAGCUACCCUCACCAUCCGCAGCACCGUCCCGCAGUCCCAGUCUCAGCAGACCAAGUCCACUCCCAGCACCUCAACCACUCCCACUGCCACGCAGCCGACCUCGCUGGGGCAGUUGGCUGUACAGCCACCAGGCCAGUCCAGCCAGGCCCCGAAUCCCAAGCUAGCUCCCUCCUUCCCCUCUCCGCCUGCAGUGAGCAUUGCCAGCUUUGUCACUGUCAAGCGACCUGGGGUGACAGGUGAGAAUAGCAAUGAGGUGGCCAAGCUGGUGAAUACCCUCAACACCAUCCCUUCCCUGGGUCAGAGCCCUGGGCCAAUGGUGGUGUCCAACAACAGCCCUGCCCACAGCUCUCAGAGAACCAGCGGACCUGAGUCAUCAGCAAUGAAAGUGACUUCUCCAAUACCAACAUACGACCUCCAGGAUUAUGGCCGGAAAUUCUGCCCACGCUGUAAUUCCCCAUUCCGUAUCACUGAAGCUCUGAGAGGUCACAUGUGUUACUGCUGCCCAGACUUGGUUGAUUUCCUGAAGAAGGGAAAACCCCUUGAUUCAGAGCCCAGUAUACCAUCAGCAACAAAGCCACCAUCCCCAGAGAAGACUGCUCCCAUGCCCUCUACACCCUCUUCCACACCGGCUCCUACCCUUUCACCACCUGCCAAGGCCCCUGAAUCCAUGGAGAAUUCGGGUGAUGUCACCCAGAGCAAGCUCAUCAUGUUAGUGGAUGACUUCUAUUAUGGACGGGACAAUGGCAAAGUGAGCCAGCUCCUCAACUUUCCUAAGGUGCCCACAUCCUUUCGAUGCCCUCACUGCACGAAAAGGCUUAAAAACAAUAUCCGAUUCAUGAACCAUAUGAAGCACCACGUGGAGCUGGACCAGCAGAAUGGUGAGGUGGAUGUCCACACCAUCUGCCAGCACUGCUACCGCCAGUUUUCCACGCCCUUCCAGCUCCAGUGCCACCUGGAAAAUGUUCACAGUCCCUAUGAGUCUACCACUAAGUGCAAGAUUUGUGAGUGGGCAUUUGAAAGUGAGCCCUUGUUCCUCCAGCACAUGAAGGACACCCACAAGCCUGGGGAGAUGCCUUACGUUUGCCAGGUGUGUCAGUACCGCUCUUCACUGUACUCAGAGGUGGAUGGUCAUUUUCGCAUGGUCCAUGAGGACACCCGGCAUCUGCUCUGCCCGUACUGUCUGAAGGUCUUCAAGAAUGGCAAUGCAUUCCAGCAACAUUUCAUGAGGCACCAGAAGAAGAGUGUCUAUCACUGUAAUAAAUGCCGGCUGCAGUUUCUGUUUGCCAAGGACAAAAUAGAGCACAAACUUCAGCAUCACAAAACCUUCCGAAAGCCCAAGCAGUUGGAAGGCCUGAAGCCAGGCACCAAGGUGACCAUCCGGGCAUCCCGAGGACAGCCACGAACAGUACCUGUCUCCUCAAACGAUGCACCACCUAAUGCCUUGCAAGAGGCAGCCCCCAUGACUACCCCAGCAGACCCUCUUCCCAUCUUCCUUUAUCCCCCAGUCCAGCGAAGCAUCCAGAAGAAAGCCGUCAAGAAAAUGAGUGUCAUGGGCCGGCAAACGUGCCUGGAGUGCAGCUUUGAGAUCCCUGAUUUCCCCAAUCACUUCCCUACCUAUGUACACUGCUCCCUGUGUCGCUAUAGCACCUGCUGCUCCAGAGCAUAUGCCAACCACAUGAUCAACAAUCACGUUCCACGGAAGAGUCCCAAGUACUUGGCUUUGUUUAAGAACUCUACUGUCAGCGGGAUCAAACUGGCCUGUACUUCUUGCGUCUUUGUCACUUCUGUGGGAGAUGCCAUGGCUAAACAUCUGGUCUUCAAUCCAUCGCAUCAAUCCAGCAAUAUCCUACCGCGAGGACUGACUUGGAUAUCCCACUCCAGGCAUGGCCAGGCCCAUGACCGGGGCAUGAAGAACACUUACCCUUCUGCUUUCCCCCACAACAAAGUUGCCACUGUGAAACCUGUGGGUGCCUCCUCUGAGUGUGGGGAGCCACCUGUACCUGAGGCCCAGCUGCUCUCAGCCCAGUCUCCACUUCUAUCCCCUCCAUCAGCCACUAACUGCCCUCAGACUCCAGCAGCAGCCCCUCUGCAUGUGGAGGGGGCCGAGUGCCUGAGUCUUGAUGAGCAAGAGGAAGGGGCCCUAGCUAUGUCGGAACCUGAGCCAAUUGCAGCUGGGGGCUUCGGUGGAGCUGGUAAGAAGGAACAGCUGUCAGUAAAGAAGCUGCGUGUGGUACUGUUUGCCUUAUGCUGUAAUACUGAGCAGGCAGCCGAGCAUUUCCGCAACCCACAACGACGUAUUCGGCGCUGGCUGCGGCGUUUCCAGGCCUCCCAAGGAGAGAAUCUGGAGGGCAAGUAUCUGAGCUUAGAAGCUGAGGAGAAGUUGGCCGAAUGGGUCCUGACACAGCGGGAGCAACAGCUUCCUGUCAAUGAAGAAACACUUUUCCAGAAGGCCACCAAAAUUGGGCGUUCACUAGAGGGUGGUUUCAAGAUCUCCUAUGAGUGGGCAGUGAGGUUCAUGCUUCGGCACCACCUGACCCCUCAUGCCCGGCGGGCAGUGGCUCAUACCCUACCCAAGGAAGUGGCAGAAAAUGCUGGUCUCUUCAUUGAAUUUGUGCAGCGGCAGAUCCAUACCCAGGACCUGCCUCUUUCUAUGAUCGUGGCCAUUGAUGAGAUCUCCCUGUUUCUGGAUGCUGAGGUGCUAAGCAGUGAUGAUCGGAAGGAGAAUGCCCUGCAGACGGUGGGCACAGGGGAGCCAUGGUGUGACGUUGUGUUGUCCAUCCUGGCAGAUGGCACUGUCCUUCCCACUCUGGUCUUCUAUAGGGGUCAGAUGGAGCAACCUACCAACGUGCCAGAGUCUAUCUUGCUGGAGGCCAAAGAAAGUGGCUACAGCGAUGAUGAGAUCAUGGAGCUAUGGUCCUCACGGGUGUGGCAGAAGCACACGGCGUGCCAGCGCAGCAAGGGCAUGCUGGUGAUGGACUGCCAUCGCACCCACCUGUCUGAGGAGGUGUUGUCUAUGCUUAGCUCCUACAGUACCCUGCCUGCUGUGGUGCCCGCAGGUUGUAGCUCCAAGAUCCAGCCUUUGGACGUGUGUAUCAAAAGGACUGUCAAGAACUUCAUACACAAGAAGUGGAAAGAGCAGGCCCGCGAAAUGGCAGAUGGCACGUGUGAUUCCGACAUCCUCCUUCAGCUGGUGCUUUGUUGGCUGGCAGAGGUGCUGGAGGUCAUUGGGGACUGCCCAGAGUUAGUCCAGCAGUCCUUCUUGGUGGCCAGUGUCCUGCCUGGCCCAGACGGCACUGCUAACUCACCUACACGUAACGCUGACAUGCAGGAGGAGCUGAUUACCUCUCUGGAGGAGCAGCUGAAGCUGAAUGGGGAGCAGACUGAGGAGGAGCCUGCAGCCUCCACCCCCCAAUCCAGACCAUCCCCUGAAGAGGUAACUGAGCCUGAGAGCCUUCAUCAGCUCUUUGAGGGUGAAAGUGAAACAGAGUCUUUCUAUGGCUUUGAAGAGGCUGACCUGGAUUUGAUGGAAGUCUGAAGGGUAGAAUCCUGGGGAAGGAAAGAGUAGGCAGGGGAAGUGAGGUACAAGGGGAUGGGAACUUUGGUUUUUCAUUUUCUGCCACACACCCCCCACACACACACCCCUCCUUGUGUUGGUCCAUACUUCCCUUUGAAUUAAGGAAACUAAGUGAUCAUGUCUGAGCUGAGGAACUGGCCAGAGGCCAUUCAGCUUCUGCCGUAAACAAGUUUUCAUGACUUUUUAAAAAAAAUUUAAAUCACUGUGUUUGGUAUUUUUCCAACGAAAUUUAAGAAAAAGAAAAAAAAUCCAUCAUGGGUGAAUGAUUUUUUUUUGGUUUGUCCCCCUUCUUACCUCAACUGUAUCAUCGUUCUGUUUUUUUAUCGUGUGGCUGAUGUCUUUGGGCAUGAUACUAUCUAACCAUUGUCAAUGUGAGACCAUUUCUGAAGAUGGGAAAGAUAAAAAUAUGUAGCUGACAAACUGGUGUAUUUUAUAUAUAUAUAUAUGUAUGUAUGUGUAUAUAUACACACACAUACACGUAUAUAUACAUGCAUA